CCAGGGGCGGACUGACCAUUUGGAAACUCGGGCACUGCCCGAGGGCCCGGGGUCAGUAGGGGGCCCCAUGAGAUGCCCCUGGUACCUUUUUCAUAGACUUUUUUGAGUUUGGGCAAGGACACAGGGGCCCCAUGAUCCCCUAUUGCCCGGGGGCCCCAUGAGUUGUCAGUCCGCCCCUGCCUUUGCCGCCUAUCAGUACUGCCUAUCAGUGCCCAUCAGUGCCGCCUAUCCAUGCCACCUCAUCAGUGCUGCCUCAUCAGUGCCC